AUGGCUUUCAUUUGUGGUUCUCCCCAUACCCAAGAAGAAGAUGAUUACGAUGUGCUUUGGCCAUUUCCUUCCACAUCUCCAAGAAAACCAACUAAAAGAGGACUCGUUUUCCGAGGCAGCCGAAGAAGUAAAAACCCAACAAACCCAUACGCAGAUCGUGGACUUGACACAUUUGAGGCACUUUUAGCUGAUCUUGCUCACAAAAGACAGGAGAUUUUGACACAGAAAGGGUCAGAAGAUGUCUCCAUGGUUAAGUUCGUUUACAGAAGCCCCGACGAAGUUAAACCUAUUGUGGUCAAGUUACGCGGUAAAAGAAAACAAGAUGACACGAGCUCAUUAGAGAAUACUCCAGAAAGGGAACAUCAAAAAGAUGAUGCUUUUGUUAAAGAGCAUAAUGAUGGUAAUGAAUCUGAAGAAGGUAAAAUAGUAAAAACAUUGAUUGGUGAUCCUAAGAAGAAGAUUAUGUUUGAUCCAUGGAUAAGAAAGCUCGGAAUGGGGUGGAAACCUUCCUAUUAUUUCCCAUUGUUUCUGAUCUUGAUCUUAGUAUUAUUAAUGUUUACUGGUCGGUCUUUUGCGAUCUUAUGCACUUCUCUUGGUUGGUAUUGGGUGCCCAUGAUUAUCGACUCAUUAGAUAAAUCAAAGCAGGGGACGAAGAUCACAAAGAGACAGUAUAUAAAAAAAGCCAAGGCGAAUCGAUAA